AUGCCUGGGGCAGUUACUGUUCUGAAGACCUCUCCUGUUCGUGUUGGGGGUGAGGUUGAUGAGUCCACGGUGUACUUUCAUCGACUUUUCUGGACAUUUCCACCGUGUAUCGAGGCAUUUCGGCAUUGUAAGCCCCUCGUCAGUAUUGAUGGCACCCACUUGUAUGGGAAGUAUGGAGGGACGCUGCUAAUGGCCAUAGCGCAAGAUGGGAACUCGAACAUCCUUCCCAUCGCAUUCGCCCUUGUUGAGGGAGAAAAUGCAGAGUCAUGGUCAUUCUUCUUGUCCAACCUACGAUCGCAUGUGACGCCACAGGAGGGCAUCCUUGUUAUCUCUGAUAGGCAUAAUGGCAUCAAGUCAGCACUUGAGGCACCUGAGACUGGAUGGCUGCCUCCACGUGCCUAUCGUGCCUACUGCAUCCGUCAUGUGGCUGCGAAUUUUGCCCUUACCUUUAAAGGUAAGGAUGCAAGAAGGAUGUUGGUCAAUGCUGCAUAUGCAAAAACUGAAGCAGAGUUUUAUUAUUGGUUUGACAUCAUGCGGUCUGAGAAUCCGGCAAUGUGUGACUGGGCCAAUCGAAUGGAAUACGAGAAGUGGACAGAACACGAGGAUAGUGGUAGACGGUUCAGGCACAUGACAACCAACAUUAGUGAAUGUGUGAAUUCCGUGUUAAAGGGAACUCGCAACCUCCAUGUGACAUCGUUGGUUAAGUCAACGUACGGCAGACUUGCAGAGCUAUUCGUUAUCCGUGGACAGACAGCGGAGGCACAACUCGGAUCCGGGCAAGAGUUUUGUCAGGCUUUGGUUAAGGCUAUAGAAAGGAACAUUAGAGAAUCAAGGUGCUUCAUAGUGACGUUAUACGACAGGCAUCAAUCCGAGUACACUGUGGCUGAGACAACACCGAUUGGGAACUUUUCGCUGGGUGCUCCACUAUCCCUGUUGCCAUGCUAUAGCUUGUUGUGCCUACUCGCGCGGGCGUCAUAUGUUCACGAGGUCUAUCGUAUGAGUGAGGUGUUCGAGGUUUACAAGCAGGGUUUUGUUCCGCCUAUCCCAGAAGGGCUAUGGCCCCCAUAUGCUGGCCCAACUGUCAUUCCCGAUCCUAACAUGAGGUGUGCAAAGGAAGGUCGUCCGAAGGCAACCAGGAUCCGUGGUAGUAUGGAUCGGACUGCGGAUAACCGGCCGAAGCGACGUGGACUAUGCCGUCAGCCCGGGCAUACGAGGCGGAGCUGUGACCAGCGACUGCAUCAUGCUGGAGGGGGUUCUUAG